UUCAAGUUUCACUCAUUCCACUGUGCUGAAGCAGUUCAGAACUUAGAUUUAUUUGAGAUAAUUUCAGAUACUUUUACAAAUUUGAAGCAGGAAUAACAACAUGAAAGCCGCAAUCACAUCAUGGGCCGAUGAGGUGGAAGCAGACUAUGUGGACGGACUUCCGCCAUCCAAGGAGUAUGUGGAUGGAGACUACAAGCACGUUACCGAGUACAAAUUCAACGAUGAGGGCAAGAAGAUCAAAGUGGUGCGCAGCUUCAAGAUCGAAAAGAAGAUCGUCUCGAGGGCAGUCGCCAAGCGCCGCAAUUGGGUUAAGUUUGGAGACUCGAAACUGGACAAGCCGGGGCCCAAUUCGUAUACCACAAAGGUUGCCGAUGAGAUACUUAUGAACUACAUGGGCUCCAAGGACUUUGAGCACGCACAAGACCCACUGGAUGCCGGCAAGCCUAUGGCCAAGUGCCGCAUAUGCAAUGGAGAGCAUUGGUCAGUCAAAUGUCCCUACAAGGGUACCUCCAUGGACAUGGAAAGCAAGGCAAUUGCGGCGGCCACUGCUGCUGUGGGCGAAACCAACAAGACGGGCAAGUAUGUUCCACCAUUCCUGAAGGACGGUGCCAAAGGGCGCGAACGCGACGAUUCAUCUGCCGUCCGCAUUUCCAAUUUAUCCGAGUCGAUGACAGAGGAUGAUCUCGAGGAGUUGGUCAAAAAGAUUGGCCCAUACACCAAGAUGUAUCUGGCGCGUGAAAAGAACUCUGGCUUGUGCAAAGGAUUCGCCUAUGUCCACUUCAAAUAUCGUAAGGACGCAGCCGAGGCAAUCGAAAUACUCAACGGUCAUGGUUACGAUCAUCUGAUCCUGAGCGUAGAAUGGUCCAAGCCGCAGAACUAGGCACAACUAAUCUGAUGCUCUGCCGCAGAUUCAGCUGUAAGUGCAAAGUUGAGAAGGAAUUGAGGCAAACUUGAAACAAACUAAAAAGUUCCAGUAAAUCCGUUAAUGCGACGUUUUAAAUGCGAAUUUUGUACACAUGACAGCACAAAGAAAUUCCCACACACAAACACGGACACACACAUACAACCGAAUAGAAAGCCACUUAAAUAAAAGAUAGAUGAGUAGAAAAAGC